GCACGCGCCUGUAUGUGAAAAUGGGCAAGAGGAAACAAAAGCACCAGAAUUUCACAAGUUUAACUAAAAAACAGAAAAAACACCUGAAGGAAUUCGGAGAGCAGCAUCCGUUCGAUGACAAUGUCAUUGAAAGAGCUGAGAGAACACAGAUCGUUCGCUUGGCCAACAGUCCGGAAAACUCCGGCUCUGAGAGCGGUGAAGAGUGGGACGAGGAGGAGGAAAAACCCACUGCGUAUGAAAAGCUGCUGUCAAGCAUAAACCCCGCCCCCGCUGAUGGUGAUGAUGAUGAUGAUGACGAAGAAGAAGAGAGCGAUGAGGAAGAACUGGAUGACCUAAAUGAAGAUGUCGAAGAAGAUGCAGCGAAAAGUGAAGAUGAGGAUGAUGAAGAUGAUGGUGGUGGUGGUGGUGAAGAGGCAGCAGACUCCUCUGACGAGGAUGAAACUGAAGAUGUUGUGAACCAGAAGCAGCAGGAGGACGAGUUCACAGAUAAAGCAGGUGAAGCCGAGUUCAGUCUGGAGUUGAACCUGGACGAAGAUGGAGAGCAGGAGAGCGCUGAUGUGUCACAGCGAGACAUGUUUGCAGAGCAUCAGGAGGCGGAGCUGAGUGACCUCGAGGUGAACAGAAUCUCAAGCGGCUCCAGAAUCAGGACUCAGGCUAAGUGGUCUAGACUGGGCGUCCUGCACUGCACUCGUCCCCUCGAGCGGUUUCCACCCGUGGCUCAGUCCUCGUCCGUCCCUCUCCCGCUUUUCCAUAAAUCUCUGCAGCCGAAGUGGCGAGCGCUCAGUCAGUCCUCCAAGCCUGAAGGGGGCGACGCAGCAGGACGCCCCGACCUACAGGACGAGCUGCUGAGGCUCAUGGGUUCCUACCGGGACGUUUAUUACCCAGAAUGCUCGGUGCUGGACGGGGUAGCUGAGACUCGGCGAGCGUACUGUCUCCACGCUCUUAACCACGUCCUGAAGGCCAACUCCAGAGUGCUUACCCAUAAUGCCGCGCUGAAGGAGGGGAAGGGCAAAAGCGAGGACGAGUUCAGGGAUCAGGGGCUCACCAGACCCAAAGUUCUAAUCCUGGUUCCGUUCCGAGAUGGGGCGCUCCGCGUGGUCCAGACCUUCAUCUCCCUGCUGGAGAGCGACGGGAAAAAGAUGGACGUCAGCAACAAGAAGAGGUUUAAAGACGAGUACGGAGAGGAGCCGAGCUCCAAAGCGGCCGGUCAGCAUCGACCCGACGACUAUAACGCCAUCUUUUCCGGGAACAUCGACGAUCACUUCCGGAUCGGUGUGUCCAUCCUGAAGCGCAGCAUGCGUCUCUACUCGCCGUUCUACUCCUCUGACAUCAUCAUCGCGUCUCCUCUGGGGCUCAGGACGCUGAUCGGCGUGGAUGGAGACGCUCAGCGGGACUUUGACUUCCUGUCGUCCGUGGAGCUGCUGGUCCUCGAGCAGAGCGACGUCUUCCUCAUGCAGAACUGGGAGCACGUGCUGCAUGUGAUGAAGCACAUGAACCUGCAGCCACUGGAUUCUCACGGCGUAGAUUUUUCCCGCGUGCGCAUGUGGAACCUGAACAACUGGGCGAGGUUCUACAGACAGACGCUGGUGUUCAGCUCCAUCCAGGAUCCACAGAUCAACAACAUCCUCACCAAGCACUGCCACAACUACAGGGGACAGGUUUUGGUUAAAAACCUUCCUAAAACAGGCUCCAUCUGCCAGGUGCUGGUCCAGCUGCCUCACGUCUUCCAGAUGUUUCACACCGACAGUUUCAUGGACCAAGACAACAGGUUCCAGUUCUUUGUGGAGAAGGUUCUCCCGCAGUACCGGGACUCUGUGAUGUCACACACGCUCAUCUACGUGCCGUCAUAUUUUGAUUUUGUGCGCGUGAGGAACUUUCUAAAGAAGGAGGACGUGAGCUUCUCGGCGCUCAGCGAGUACUCGUCCAGAUCCGAGGUUUCCCGCGCUCGCCACUACUUCAGCACGGGGGAGAAACAGUUCCUGCUGUUUUCAGAGAGGUUCCACUUCUACAAGAGGUACUCCAUUCGAGGGAUCCAGAAUGUGAUUUUUUACGCUCUGCCCACGUACGCUCACUUCUACAGCGAGGUGUGUAACAUGCUGCAGCUGGGCGGCUCUGAGGGCGUGGCCAGCUCGGCCAGCUUCACCUGCACAGCGCUGUACUCGCGCUAUGACGCUCACAGACUGGCGGCCAUCGCGGGGGCCGAGCGCGCCGCCAGCAUGAUGCAGUCCAGCAAGUCUGUCCAUCUGUUCAUCACCGGGGAGGAGAAGCGUGUGUGACACACACACACACACACACACACACACACACACACACAGAGAGACUUACCUUUCGUACUGUAUUUCAUGGACCACCAGGGACGAUAAAU